ACAGUGCUGCUCGACUCCUCCUCAUCCCUCCUCUUCUCACUGCUAUUGGCUCAACUGCCUGUGUUCACGUCUGCCUCUCCGGUACCACAGCGGCGGCCCACAGACAUGGAUAAACUGUCCAACCAGACCAAAAAUCUAAUGAAGCUCACCCAAGAGCUGCUGAGGGAGCAUGCAUUUGACUCAGACGUGGAGCCCCACAGGUUCAGGUCCCUGCCAGAAAUGAGCAACAGAUCAGCCAAUGACCUCAACAAUCUUGAGCUGAAGCCCACACUCUCUCAGCUGCAUGCUGACCUGAAGCUGUAUGAGCACCACUUUGAGUGGCUGAACAGGGUUUCAAAGAAGCACCACCACCCUGCAGUGCCCAAGCUUGUAGAGAUGAUCAGAGAGAUGAAAUCUCUUAUCACCCUGCUGCACCGUCAGAUGCAGAAAGUUGAAGCACCAAGGCUGACUCCGGCGACCCCGUCCCUCCCCCCUCAUCUACCCUAUCAGUUUGAUGUCCUGCAGUCGAGCCAUGAGCUUCUCCAACACUUCAAGCUCUUUUGUGAUUGGGCAUACAGAGCAUUCGUCAGCCUCAAGCCAAAGGUCCCUGCAGUGCAAUGAUGAUCCAAGCACAUUAAUUAUUUUCCUUUUAACUACUUGGCUACAGAGCCAGUGAGGAUACGUGGAGUCCAGCGUCAGCCAAAGGGGAAUUAGGACCAUGUCAGUGUGCACUGUUGUCAAUAGCAUCCUAUAGGAGGCCCAAAUGUCAAAUAAUGACAUGUGUGUUGAAGAAUGUGUCUUUCCAUCAGAGCCAAUAAGGAUGCGCAAUACUGCAGCCAGUUACAACCGUCAAGAUCCCCGUUAAAAGCCAGUUUAACUACAUGAUUCCCUAAACUCUCCCCUUUAAGGCCUUGUUCAUGACCAUGUUAUUUAUGUAU